AUGCGAACUAGUGCUGAAAUGGAAGUGGACCCGGAACGGGUUGAGACGCUGCUGGCUCGUGAGCAGCUAUUGAGCGAACGUCAGGAUCACAAGGUCGACCUGGAUCCAUUGUCGCCAGUCAUUACAGGGCAAGAAGCUGACUUUCAAUGUCACCUGGUGCCAAUGCUAGCUUGUAAAAAGCCUGACUACACUACUGGACUGGGCGACAAUAUCUCUGGUACGGGCAUCGCCUACCACCGCCUUCAAAAGACAAAGACCAAGACUGAUGUCUUUGCUGAAUAG